UUCCGUAUAAACAGUCGUUGCCAGGUUUCCGACCCGUUGGCGUACGACGGGUCUCGCAACGCCACAGUGGACAUGGCGGUAGUGACGCAAACAUAACAGAAGAUUGGGUAACAGUGAAUGAAGACUGCAAUGACUCGCAAAAGCACAGCGACAGGACGCCUCCCCAGGCUUGAGUCGGCGCAGCCAGGGUCUCCACAAGACCUGCGCGGAGCCAACUACUCCAAGCUCCAAGACAAAUACAAAUCACAACAGUCUCGCGAGAAAGUGGUGUUCCUGCCCAUACUGGAUGGAGACGAGGAGCACCCUCUGCCGUACUACACGACGGGCGAGGUGGCCUUCCCCGCCCUCGCCGAAGUCCCGUGGAAGACCGACGAGAAGCGCAAGUUGAGGGCGCAGGCGGAGAUAUUCAACCGAGACACAAGACUCCAGGACGCGCUGCUCGAGGACCUGAUCAGCGACACCAUCAUGGAGGAGAUCGUCGCCACGGCGUCGGUGGUCCUUCAGGAGAGCAAGUACCAGGAGGAGGAGGACCAAGUCAUCGCCGGCCUGAUCGAGGAGGUGCUCGUGAUGCCGGAGGUGCAGCAGCAGGUGUACAUCAUCACCUGGUCUCUCCUCUACGACACGGGGCGCUCUCUUCCCCACCAGGAGUUCCUCGACCUCAAGAAGCGGGAGGAGCAGCUCAACCUCGAACCGGUGGCUAAGGAGGCUCUGUUGGCGCACGUGCUCGAGGGCGAGGACUGGGCAGACGAUCUCAGGGAGGAGAAGAUCCUUUCCGAGAUCUCGUGGGACAUCUUGGUGUUCAACUACCACCGGAACCUCCAAGAAAAUGCUCUUUCCAAGAACUAUGCUCUCAAGAUCCUGCAGGAAAAGAUGGUGUCCCAGGCCGCAGGAGAGGAAGUGUUCCGCGACGGCCUGCUGGACAAUCUCGAGGAGGAAUUCAACUCCUUCGACGAACUGGAGAAGCUCACAGCGCCGCCGCGCAUGGGGUAGAGAGGGGGAG